GAGUCACUCGAAUUAUAUGAUCAGGACAACACACUCAUCUCACCAUAACACUCCCCAACAAACAGUAACAAUUUGAAGGGCGUAAUUGAGAAAGGCAAGAAAGAACGUGCACAAAUUGCAUGCCUAACAAACAAAGUAGACUAGAAUUAAGCAGUACAUGAAGUAUAUCUAAAGACUGGCUAAGUCUAUAAAUACAAGCAAUUAAGUAGCCAUCUGCAAGUGAAGCUUAAAACACAAGAUCUCUACCAUAUCCUUUCUUAGAGACAAUUCUUUGAGGGGACGAAGAUAAGUCGUUUCGAAGGUUAAGGUUUGGUUAAUCAAUGGCUACAUUCAAAGAGAUGAACCAACAAAGAAUAGUUGCAGCAUGGAUGAUCUGUUUCAGUGUCGUGCUUCUGAAUAGUAUAGCCCGUGCAGAAAGACCCCUGAAAGAGAAUUUCAUUAGUUUAGUUGAUAAGGAGCAAGUAAUGAAAGAAGGCCUUCUGAGUAAGAUGUAUCAUUUCUUAUGGAAAUCAGGAGAACCAUCCUACCAACCUGUUUGGCCUGAUAUGGAGUUCGGUUGGAGGAUCGUGGUAGGAUCAUUUAUAGGGUUCCUUGGUGCAGCUCUUGGAAGUGUUGGCGGAGUUGGAGGUGGCGGAAUAUUUGUCCCUAUGCUUACUUUGAUCAUUGGUUUUGAUCCCAAAUCUUCUACUGCCAUUUCUAAAUGUAUGAUAAUGGGAGCAGCUGCAUCAACAGUAUACUGUAAUCUAAGCCUAAAGCAUCCAACAUUGGACAUGCCCAUCAUAGACUAUGACCUUGCUGUACUAAUUCAGCCUAUGCUUAUGCUUGGAAUCAGCAUUGGAGUUACAUUCAAUGUCAUCUUCGCUGAUUGGAUGGUCACCGUCCUCCUAAUCAUCCUUUUCUUAGUGACAUCGAUAAAAGCUUUACUCAAAGGGGUUAAUACGUGGAACAAAGAGUCGGAGAUGAAGAAGAUUGUAGCCUCAAUGCAUGUACCAGAUACUAAGUCAGGAGAAGAGUCUGAAGCAGACUACAAGCCAUUAGCCAGUGGACCUCCUGCCCCUGCACAUGAUGAUAAGGUUCCUAUGUUAUCCAACAUAUACUGGAAAGAACUAUCAUUGCUUUCAUUUGUUUGGCUGGGCUUCCUUGUUAUUCAACUUCUCAAGAGAUAUACAGUGACCUGUUCCGUACAAUAUUGGCUUCUGGAUUCAUUACAGGUACCUAUUGCUGUAUCAGUCUCUCUAUUUGAAGGAGUAUGCUUAUACAAAGGGACUAAGGUUAUAGCAUCCAAGGGAAAAGAAAUCACAGUAUUGAAGGUCCAUCAAAUUUUCUUUUACUGUAUAUGUGGCGUUGUUGCUGGUAUGGUUGGUGGCUUACUUGGGCUAGGCGGCGGAUUCAUCUUGGGACCUCUUUUUCUUGAGCUCGGUAUUCCUCCUCAGGUAGCAAGUGCAACUUCAACAUUCUCAAUGAUAUUCUCAUCCUCUAUGUCGGUGGUGCAAUACUACAUCCUUAAGCGGUUCCCUGUUCCUUACGCGGCUUAUUUCGUCUUAGUUGCUACGCUAGCUGCCAUAGUUGGUCAGCAUGUUGUAAGAAGGUUGAUAACAUUACUAGGCAGAGCAUCAAUAAUCAUUUUUAUCCUCGCAUCAACUAUUCUCGUCAGUGCAAUCACCUUAGGUGGAGUGGGAAUAGUGAACAUGAUACAGAAGCUGGAAAAUCACGAGUACAUGGGUUUUGAAAAUUUCUGUCAUCGUCCCUAAGCCUCAAUUCAGAUAUUACAUUAAUACGCAUUAUUAGGUACUUCAAGUGUUGCAAGCCUUAUUGGUGCACUUUUUGUAGGCGAUAAAGUUCGCCAAUUUCCAAUGUUUCGAUUCAUCAUCAUUCAAGAUUUUUUUUUACCUUUGUAAAUCAAAAGCACCUAGAGAUCAGAGGCUUUUGUAUGGGAUAAGUCCAUGAAAUGUAUAAUGUAUAAUCCAUGCAUCUGUCUGGUUCCUAUUUAUGUCAAAGUUAAUGAAUAAAAUUGUUUUCUCCCAAAAAAUUUAAAAAGUA